AUGCCUCACGCUACCGAGACAGGGGCCCCCGAGGUCGAGGAUUCCGACUUCGAUAAUGUCAUGCGACAGAUGAACGGUCCCAUGGAGGGGAACAUUUCUUUCGACUUCUUAUCCCGAGAGCUGGAUCCCGGCGAGAAAGCAGACGACGCGGUCGACUACGAAGAUAUCGAAGAUGACGAUGACCUCCCCGAAGAAGAAGCCGUGCAUAUUCGAGCCCCGGCAGGAAAUGGUGUCGCUGUAGAGGAUGACGAGAUGAAAGAUAUGUUUGGUGGAGGUGAAGAGGAGGAUCUUUUUGGUGAUGGGGGAGAAGAGCAGCCGGAACGGGCACCAGAGGAUGAUUUGAAUGACCUUUUUGGUGAAGAGCCUUCUGACCAGGUCGAUGCGACACGAGAUUUGUUUUUCGAUGAGGAGGAACACCAACAGCCAGCACCGUCCGCCGUGCCAGAGCAGCCUGCCCAACCCCCGCCUCCCGAGCCUCAGCCUGUCGUGAUGGAAGAAGUAAAACAGGAGGAAUAUGAUGAAAUGGAAAUACCGGAAGAUGAACCCCCCAGCGUCGAAGACAUGGAUCCAGCAUCGCUUCGCGCAUGGAAGCUUCAGCAAGCUCUGUUCGCCAUGUCGUCCACCCUCGGUCCUGAUAACCCGCCAGCUCCGCCUGAGAACUCUGAAGAACUCCUGCAUUCGCUAUUUCCUGGCUUCGACCGCCAUACACUACCCCGAUUUCUGGAACUCAUCCCCCACAAGAAGGCUUAUUUCGUCGGGAAACUGCCUCUUAAACCGCCAAGGCCUGUUCUGCCGACCAAAGUCAACCUCGAACUUGCCCAGGAUCAGGAAAGAGCUUUCAAAUCAGCUGGACAUGGUUUCAAGCGCACACUUGACGCUGAGCAUAUGGGGCUCGUACCUGUUACUGAGUCUCCACAGGACGAGGAGGAGGAGGAGGAAGAAGAGGAUAUCCGAGAGGACCUGGAGCACGACGUGGACCCAUCCGAAGUACUUCCCGGGGGGGUCAGUAUGCAGGACCUCAGAGUGAUCUGCACAGACUGGGAUACCAAAGAUGAUGAUUCUGUGAUGGACAUUGAUCUUCCAAUCGAGGAACCGGAGCAGCCUGUUGACGAGGACGACUGGCUCGUAGAGACCAUUCAGCCUACGAAGAAACGCAAGGUCGGGAAAGACCCGUUGGAUUUCAUCGCUCUAUCUCACAUUGACUUCCCGCUGCUCGAUGACCCUGAAAAAGCAACUUCGCGGGUUGCUCAGAAGGUUACUGUCGACAUGAACGAUCCUUACAUACUCCUCGACGAGCGUGGGCCAGAAUCUGCGGCACAGAAGCCCAAGGCCUUGGGAGCCAUUCAAGGAGAAGAGGUCGAUGCCAAUGUUACUCGACGCUUCAACCAGCGCUACAACAUCUCGAACGAUCAAGCGUACGACAUGCUCAAACAGAAUCACCAGAACAAGAUCCGGAGCACCUUGGGCAAUUUCACCCUCGAGCACAGUAUGCCAGCGUUGCGCUUACAGUGGCCUUACUACAGAACCGAGCUUGCUAAAGCAGAAGCACGAUCGUUCCACCGUCCAGCCUUGUCUUUCCGACCUGGUCAAACAUCCUGGUUCAAGAACCCUGCGCACGUCAAGAGGAAGCACAUCAAGGGCAAGGAUCCCAGGGGUAUCUUCGAUUCUACAAAAGCUCUGUCGCUGGCCGACAACUCGAACGCCAUGCUGGUCGAAUAUUCGGAAGAAGCGCCUCUCAUGCUGUCGAAUUUUGGAAUGUCCAACCGCUUCGUCAAUUAUUACCGACGGAAAAACGCAGAGGACGACUCACGUCCAAGAGAGCGUUUGGGUGAAACCGUCGUUCUGUUGCCCCAGGAUAAAAGCCCGUUCUUCAUUUUCGGACAUGUUGAUCCUGGCGAGGUUACCCCGACGAUUUCGAAUACGAUGUACCGGUCCCCGGUGUUCUCGCAUUCGGCCAAAUCAACCGACUUCUUGGUGAUCCGCAGCAGUACUGGCUCCGGCGGUAGUGACUAUUUCCUCCGAAAUAUCGAGAAUCUCUACGUUGCCGGACAACAGUUCCCCUGCACGGACAUCCCCGGCCCGCACUCACGCAAAGUCACCACCGUCGCCAAGAACCGCAUGAAGAUGCUUGUCUACCGAUUGCUAAAGAAAAGCCCCGACCUGCGACUUUCCAUCAGCGACGUUACCGCGCAUAUCCCAGGUACCAGCGACAUGCAGAACCGCCAAAAAGUCAAGGACUUCUUACAACACGACAAAGACUCAAAAUACUGGGUACCCCUAGAACCAAUCCCCGACUCCGACGCGAUCCGCUCCUGGGUCCAACCCGAAGACGUCUGUCUGCUAGAAUCCAUGCAAGUCGGCCAACAACACCUCCACGACACAGGCUACGGCAACGACGCCGAAACUGGCGGCGGCGGCGACGAAGAAGACGAAGAAAGCGAAUCCUUCGAACAACAAAUGGCCCCCUGGAAAGCAUCCCGCAACUUCCUCCUCGCAUCGCAGGGCAAAGCCAUGCUAAAACUCCACGGCGAAGGCGACCCCACCGGCCGCGGCGAGGGCUUCAGUUUCGUCAAGACCUCGAUGAAGGGCGGCUUCAAGGCCGUCGGCGAAAGUGUCGAAGACAAACUUGACGCGCAGCGCCUCAAAGAACUAGGAGGCCAUAGCUACAACGUCGCCAGACAGCAAAGAUCCUACGAAACAUCCAUCCGCCGCAUCUGGGAUUCUCAAAAAGCAAGUCUGUCCUCGACAGCCGAACACUCGGAGGGGGAAAGCGACAUCGACAACGAAGAGGAAGAGUUUGGGAAAACACCGCGCUCGGAAGCACCUACACCCGGACCCGCACGUCGGGACGACGAAACAACAUCCCAGUUUAGUAAGAUGAGCAUGGGCAUGGGUGAUCAGAAGGGCAAGGUGCUGCGUAUUGUACGACAUUUCAGAGACGAGAAUGGCCAGAUUGUUCCCAAGGAGACGCUUGUUUGGGAUCCAAGGGUUAUCAAGCAGUAUAUGCAACAUCGAUUCCAGCAGGAAGCUGUGACCACGAAACUCGAAUCCCUCCAACCAACCGGCGAUCCCGAAAUCGACGCCCGAAACAAAAGACUCCUCGAAGCCGAACUAAGCCGCCUAAACCGCAACAAAGAACGCCGCUUCGCACGCGAGAAACAAAAAGGCGCUGUCCGCGGUACUACAGGCGACUCACCAGCCGAUGGCGGGAAACCAGCCGGUACGCAGCGCAAGUGCGCGAAUUGUGGACAGGUUGGGCAUAUUAAGACUAAUAAGAAGCUAUGUCCCCUUCUCAACGGUACGAUGAAGCCGGAAGAUCGGGUUGCGGAUUCGGCUUUUGCGAUGGGUGCUCCUCCUGCUAUUUAA